AUGACAUCAAAAAGAUGGCCAGAGCUAGGUCAUAAAGGACUUCACAGGGGAGGUGAGAGAGACACGAUCUGACUUUAAUAGGACCACUCUGUCCACUGGGCUUUGAAAAUAGACUUAAGUCAGGGUGAGACUGCAAGGAUCAUUUAAGACUCUGCUUUGGAAACAGGGUUGAAACUCCAGAUGGAGUCAUGUAACUGAAUGUGGGGGCUUUGAAAAAUUUUGUCAGCAGUGAAAGGUUUCUGGACAUGUAACGAUCAAAUAUUGACUUCCAAUCAGUGUCCUGGAUGCAGAGCUCGUCCGGUAGCACUCACCUGCACGGCAUCAAGUGAGCCACUGCAGCCUUGACUCUGAACACAAGACGUGUACUUUAGAUUGCGGCUCACCCAUCAACACUGAUGAAUGCCACCUAAAACACCUCAGCUUGGACUCCAGAUGACUUGAUGUUAAGAGUCACGGUGUUUUUAUUGCAUAGAUAAGGUUUUCUGCUCUUAUGGAAGCACAGUGUAAUGGUUUAAUUAUGGAAACAAAGGAUUUUAAUAUUUUUCCACCAUCAUCCCUCAGCAUGGUCUCGGCCACAUGAGCGCCUCCAGCGGCGAGCACGUUUGGUGACGCCGGGUGUGCACAGGAGGCUGAAGCGUCUCCUGGCAACGGGGGAGCUGCGACGUCAUGGUGGCGGGUUCUCAGCGCUGAGGCCAGGUGGAACCGUCAGUGCACCUUCCAGCCGCUGUGUCCGACGUCCUCCUCUGCCUUGCGCUGUCGUUCCUGUCCCGGCUGGUCCCGAGCUACCUCCCAGGAGUCUUCGCCGCAGCGGCCCGCCGGCCUCGGCCUUGGCCGCGGUGGGACGAUGCUGGAGUCUAUUCGUGUGACGGAAAAGCUUCACUGGCCUGAGCAUGAACUUGCUAAGAAGUCUGUUCUAAAUGCAGAAGAGGCAUUGAUCAUUGACAGCAGGAGAAGCUUUUCAAGUCUGUCCUCUGGAGUGCUCAAGGACACUUUUACAACUGGAACCAGUAGUUACAAUGUUCUACUACAAAGCAAGGAGGAGAGAAAGCACCAUUCACAAAAGCAAUUUUCCUCCGCCUUCUCCAAAAGACAUAGAAAGCCCAGCAAAUCUCCUAAUUCCUCUCAUAGUAAAGAUUCUCACAGGAUGACAGCCCUGGUGCCUGUGACCAACAGUGGUACUUGGUACUGCCUGGAGAGGCAGUCCUCUGUUUUUGUCCCUAGUCCAGUACCAAGUCCUGUAAAGUUUACCCGUGGUAUCUCUGUUACAGGGAGCGGCCUUGCACUGCCACCUAAACCGAAAAGCAAGGUGAGCCGCCGCAGUGUCACCCCCGUCCCAAAGCCCAAGCAGCAGCCUCAGCUGUGUAGAAGCUUUGAGAAGGGAGAAGAGCUUACUGGGAAGAAGCUCUGUAUCCUUACUGCCAUAAAGCCCACCAACCUGGAGAAAGAAAAGUUGCGGUUCUUCAAGUCGGACUAUACUUACAACCCUCAGUUUGAAUAUGCCAACCCUGCUCUGCCUGGUGUGUUAGCCAAACACAGCAAUGCCUCUGACCGAUUUCUUAAGCAGUCCAUCAAUAUUAUGGAGCUGACUUUACAGAAAUACGGAAGUUACGAGAAAUUCGAACAAGCUACUGGGGGUAGCUUGUUGUCUAAAUCUCGAAUCUGGAGUCAUGUUAGGAAGUACAUGGUGAAGGAAGGCUGCCUAGGAGAGAUUGUAGUUCAUCUCACUGAAGACCUGCUUUCCAGGGCAUCCAUGACAGUAGUAAAUGGAUGCCCAACUCUAACCAUCAAUAUUUCUACUGCGCGAGAGCAUUGGCUGGAGGGGAUGCUGAGGCAUGAGAUAGGCACGCAUUAUUUUCGGGGAAUUAACAACCUUCAGCAGCCAUGGAACAGUUGGAUUGGCCGCAAAAAACAUGAGCUAAAGCCGAACAACCCUACCGAGGAAGGGCUGGCCAGCAUCCAUAGCGUCCUGUUCAGAAAGGACCCCUUCCUGUGGAGGGCCGCCCUCCUGUACUACACAGUGUAUCAAGCCAGCCAGAUGUCUUUCUGUGAGCUCUUCAAAGAUAUUGGCAAGUUUGUCAAGGACCCUAAUACAAGAUGGGAUUACUGUGUAAGAGCCAAGAGAGGGUGGACUGAUACUUCCCAGCCAGGGUGUUUCAAUAAAGAUCAGGUGUACUUGGAUGGAAUUCUUCAAAUCCUUCGAUUCAGAGAGUCCAUAGACUUUCAUCUGCUGACUGCCCUGGGCAAGGUAUCUUAUGAAGAUGUGGAUCGCUUAAAAGGGUUGGCAGUUACUGAGAACAUGAGAGUCCCCCACUUCCUGCAUGACCAUGGCCGCUACAUGGAGCACUUGGAGAGGAUCAUGGAGGUGAAUGAGCUGACUGAUGCCGAGCUGAAGGACCUCAUCUAAGCAGUGGCGGCCACUCCUCCGUGGCUGCACCUGCACCGUAGAGGAGAGUGGUGGCUGAGCUCGGCUUUCCAGAGACCAGCCCUCAGUAUCCAGUUGAGAUUUAGGUUAUAUGUAAACCUGAAACUAUUUUCCUAAAAUGUUUCUGUAGCCUGCAGGAGGAAGUCACUUCUCUCCAUCCAGGUCUCAGCAGAGACAGAUGAAGACUGCUGCUGCUGAAGACGCCGGGAUGAACUGUGAACCCGAGCACUGAGGCCAGCUCCAGGUGGAGGUGGCCAGGUUCCAAGCUGUACUGUAUAAACUCCAAGGUUCUAUUUCCUCUGCUAAACAGUGGUGAUGGUUCUUCUUCGAAAUACUCAUUUUGUAACUCGCCAAAAGGCUGGCACUAUCUAAGAGUUCUUAUUUUUCCUAUGGUAAGUAAUGUUAAAAGGACAAUGAAAAGAAAUUUGAAAACUUUUCAUUAA